CUUUCAUCCUUCACAACGAGGAUCAGGUCAACAAGAUGUUGAUCAACAAGAACACUGUUUUAUUAGAAUAUUUGCUUCAAAAUUUUAGAUUCUGUUCUACCAGAGUUUUUUUUUUUUAAGAGAACACUGUUAUUACUCUGCAAGUUCCUAUGUCGCUUUGCUUUUCUUGAUGCGUGUCUAUAAUGCUGGUUCUCAAUGAUAUAAAGUCCAAGCGCUGUUUAAGCUGUCCUGUUCCAACUUCUCUCAUGGCUUUGUGUAGAUUUUACAAUCUCCAUCUCCGUUCCUCAAAGUUUCCACCUCUAAUUCCAUUCAGUCCUGACACCCAAACACAGCAAUAUCAACCUCCUCCAUCCUACUCGUCCCUUACAAGGCCUCCCAUGUACCAACCUACCACGAAUGGAUGAAAGAUGAACAAAUCCAAGCAGAGACAGCUUCCGAGCCACUCACCCUGGAAGAAGAAUACGCCAUGCAACGCAGCUGGCGCACCGACGCCGACAAGUUGACAUUCAUCGCCUGUCUCCCUCUCCCAUCCUCAUCGUCAUCCUCACUACCACGGACCCUCACCCCGGGCGCGUUCGAUUCCCCAACCCACAUAAUCGGCGACGUCAACCUCUUCCUCACACCCUCCCACUCCCAUUCCCCUUCCCCCUCACCAUCUCCAUCUUCAUCCCAAUCCCCCUCAACCCACCCCCUAACCGGCGAACUCGAACUAAUGAUCGCCACGCGCACCCACCGCCGCAAAGGCCACGGCCGCAGCACCAUCCUCGCCUUCCUAACCUACAUCACCACGCACCUCCCCUCCAUCCUCUCCGAAUACGGAAAGGCUCAGAACCCACCUAUUGAGGAGGGGAAGGUGGAGUUAGAGGGGUUGAGGGUGAAGAUUGGGAAGGAGAAUGAGAAGAGUUUGGGGCUGUUUAGGGGGUUGGGGUUUGGAUCUGUGGGGGGAGGGGAGGAGGAGCCGAAUUAUUUUGGGGAGGUGGAGUUGUGGUUUCGGGGGGAUGGGGAGGUUGUGCUUGGGGAAGAGCACAUGAGAAAACUGAGGGAGAAGUUUGGUGUUGAGGGGUAUGAGGAGAUAGGGUAUGGAGUGGAGGACACGAGAUGUACAUGAGAUGAUCUUCUGCAUAGAACUCUCUACCUUUGCCUCCGUUGGCUGACAAGGACAUGAUCUUCCCCUGCCAAAACUCUCUUCGUGUAGUUCUGAGUACCGAUCAGGUUGUUGAGCAACCAAGGAGCCAGUGAGUCCAUCGCAAA